AUGGCACUCACACGGGAAGCGCCUUCACGAAGGGCCACCAAUGCCUCGACGACCAUGACCGGCUACCGGUCAGCCAGCAGCAGUGCCGCCUCGCGACCUGGGGUUCGACAACCGACGAAACGCGCCUCAACGGCACGACCCCAACUGACAUCCACAUCACUUUCCUCCGCAACAUCCUCGUCGCGUUUCGGACGAGCCGGCGCCAUCUCUCCAGCUGAGUCGCUCAUGUCGGUGGCCACGACCGCUGCCGCUGGUCUGAAGCGCAAGGAGCGUGAUUUUGAAGCGGCAGCCGCUGCCGACAACGACUCCGUCAUUCUCUCCCUCGCCGAGGAGACCAACAUCAAUGUCGUUGUGCGGUGCCGCGGUCGCAACGAGCGCGAGGUCCGCGAGAACAGCGCAGUCGUUGUCAACACUGACGGCGCCAUGGGCAAGAAUGUUGAGCUGAUGAUGGGCCCGAACGCUCUGAGUAACAAGACAUACAACUUUGACCGCGUGUUCUCACCCGCUGCCGACCAAGCCAUGAUCUUUGACGACGUUGUCAGGCCCAUACUAGAUGAGAUGCUCACGGGCUUCAACUGCACAAUCUUCGCAUACGGCCAAACUGGCACUGGCAAAACCUACACAAUGUCCGGCGACAUGAGCGAGUCCCUGGGUCUGCUCACCGACGCUGCCGGCAUCAUUCCACGCGUGCUUCAGGCUCUCUUCAACAAGCUUAAUGCGGACGAGAGCACCGACAGCGUCGUCCGCUGCUCCUUCAUCGAACUCUACAACGAAGAACUACGCGACCUUCUUUCCGUCGACAGCGACGGAAGCAGCAGCUCAAAGCUCAAGAUCUACGACGACAACUCGCGCAAGGGACACGCUACUACCGUCGUCCAGGGCAUGGAGGAGCGCCAUAUUGCCUCGGCCGCCGACGGCAUCAAGCGCUUGCAGGAAGGAAGCGUCCGUCGCCAGGUGGCCGCUACCAAGUGCAACGAUCUGAGCAGUCGCAGUCAUACCGUCUUCACCAUCACCGUGCAGACAAAGCACAUCACCGAGACGGGCGAGGAUUUCUUUAACACGGGAAAGCUCAACCUGGUCGAUCUGGCGGGUAGUGAGAACAUCCAGCGCUCAGGUGCCGAGAACAAGCGCGCCGCCGAGGCGGGUCUGAUCAACAAGAGCUUGCUGACGCUGGGCCGAGUCAUCAACGCGCUCGUUGAUCGGACUGCACAUGUGCCGUACCGCGAAUCGAAAUUGACUCGCCUGCUCCAAGACUCGCUAGGCGGUCGCACAAAAACCUGCAUCAUCGCCACCAUCUCGACAGCCAAGAGCAAUCUCGAAGAGACCAUCUCCACGCUCGACUAUGCAUUUCGCGCCAAGAACAUCCGCAAUAAGCCGCAGGUGAACCAGCUUAUCAACAAGAAGACCCUACUGCGGGAAUUCACGGCCGAAAUCGAAAAGCUAAAGUGCGACCUCAUUGCUACACGGCAGCGCAAUGGCGUCUACCUGCCCAACGACACGUACGAGGAGAUGACCGUGCAAAGCGAGUCUCGCCGUAUCCUGGCCGAAGAACAGGCCGCAAAGAUUGAGACGAUGGAGGCCAACCUACGACACAAGCUACAGGAGCUACUCGAGCUGACAUCAAACUUUAUGGGGCUCAAAAAGGAACACGAAGACGCGAAAACAGAGAUGAGCGAGACAAAGGACGUGCUGGGUCAAACUGAGCUUGUGCUCUCUGCAACACGCAAAACACUCGCUGAAGAGACCUACGUCCGCCAGGCGCAUCAGUCCACGGAAGAAAAACUAGCAUCAAUGGGCAAUGAUCUCAUUUCGACUCUCGAGCGCACGGUCGGCGACAUUGACGGCCUACGAGCCAAGAACCGUCGCAAGUCUGACCUCCAGGGUGUCAACCGCAACGCAUGGGCCGGCUCUCAAGCCCAGGUCUCCGAAGUGACGAGACUUGUGGAAUCCCGUAUUCUCGGUCUUCGUGCGUCUCAGGAGCAGCAUAUUUCCAACAUCUCCCGCCGCAUGCAGAGCUUUGUCGAGGAAGGACAACAGAGUCUGGCAUCGACACAAGCCCUACUAGACCAGAACCUGGCAUCAUUUGAGGCUUCGAAGUACGAAAUGCUGGCACAGCAAGGCGCAUCCAAGCAGGACCUGGACCAAGUUCUACAGGAGAUUCGCGCCGUUCGUGACCAUAUCCAGGAACACGUCGGCGAGAGUCUUCAGACCAUUGCGUCCGCCGCAGAGCGCAUUGCAGAGGACGUCCUGAGUGAACUGAGCACAUUCCACAACCAGCUGCACACAUCAUACAGCACGUUGGGAAAGGACUUCAAAAGCACGUUUGAAGAUUUGCUGAAGCACAUAGGUGCACAACGAGACGAGUCUGAUGCUCUGCGCACGAAAGUUGAGGAGGCCAGUCAGACAGCAGUUCAGGCAAAUGCGACUGUUGCUGCGCAAAUACAACAAGCGAUUGACGAAGAGCGAAAACAAGCGGCAGCAGAUAGGCAGCAACUCCUCACACAAAUCGGUACCCUCAUCACCGAACAGGCGACAAAACAGGACAUUCGGUUCACGGCCAAGACCAACGCCAUCCGUGAACAAAUGGUGGAGUCCAAUACGGCAUUUGAAGGCAGCCUCGAGACCUAUGCUAAGGGUAUGGAUGCAUGGAAUACUGCCUCCGAGGAAUUUGCUCAAGGCGCGAGUGAAUCGCGCGAUGCCUUGAAACUGAGACUGCAGGAGGACUGGACGACUGCCAACGAACACAGCACAUCCAUCCAAAACACGACAAGGUCGGUUCAUGCCGAGACCGUCCGUGUUGUUGGCGAGCAGAUGAAGGACCUGGACGUCAAGAUGCAGGACUUGGACAACCUCGUUACGCGUGCUACAUCAAGCAAUGACGAACACCUCGCCGAACAUACAGCAUCAGUUUCCAAAAUAUCCGAGACUGUGACAGCUACGUUUUCUGAGCUAUCAGCUCAUGCGCAGGAAACGAUCGGUCGCGGAGAGCGCUUUAUGGAAGAAGCCGAAGCCGAUAUCAAGGGCCAGCGCAGUGACUGGGAGCCGACAGAAGGCACUCUGUGCCAGCCGCUGAAUGACCUGAGAGCUUGUAUCUCCAACACCGCGCUCCGCGAGUACGUGCCUACCGGCGAAACGCCAGAAAAGGUCCAGUACACGUACCCUCUGGACCUACCACGGACGGCCCCACAUCAUGUCUUGAUUUCUGGCCUGAACAACAAGGGUACCGUGUCCUCCAAAACUGAAGAGAGCGGCGACAUCGAAGACGACAUCCUUGGUGAUGAUGACGACGAGUUCCGCGACGAGCUGCUCGAUACAAUGCCCUCGCCGAGCAAGCCACCUGUGAACAGUGAUAGUGCAACCGUCCCUGUCGUGUUUAACGACUUCGACGCUUCCGCCUCAGCCACAGAGCCCGAAAGUAAUGGGACAUUCACGCGUGCAUCUUCUCAGCCACCGUCUGCCGCCCCGGUCUCGUCGAUACCAUCCAUGGGUAUGAGCUUACGUGAGGUGAACCCGAACUUAACGACCGGCUCAACUUUGUUUGAUCCCGGUGCCAGCACCAUGUCGCUGAAGGGUAAUGGUGGCAAAGAUGGCAGCCACCUCGGCCUUAUGGCUGCCAGCAUUGAAGGCGCCAAGAACGCCGGGGCCACCAAGGGGUCCUCCAACGGCUCUGGUCACGGCCACACUCUGCCGACCUACCGUCGGAGAAGCCUGCGCCAGAACCACGGCCCACCGCCGGCGAAGCAAGCCAAGACGCGGACAUCGGUAAUGACCUUCGAAGGCCGCGAGAACGUGCCGCCGGCAGCGUUUUCGCAGAGCCUGUCACGGCGUCGGAGCCCGCGGCUGAACUAG